AUGGAUCAUCCAAGAACUUCCAGUAUUGCCACUAUUUCAAGUAAUACUGAUAAUACAACAACUGUUUCUUCUAUUGCUUCGAUGAUGAAUCAAACUGAUAAUUCACCUAAUCAAACUGCACCAGCAAGUAAUAAUACACCUAACUCUUCAAGUAUAAAUAUAUCUAGAUCUUCUAUCUCUAACACAAAUAAUAAUGCUAAUAGAAGAAGUAUCGAUUCGAAUGAUAACUCCAACGUAUACAAGACCUAUGACAAUAAUACUGGCAAUGCCAAUAUUUUGACAUCAGAGCCUUACCAUUCCAUGGAAUUACAAACAAAUAAUAAUACAGGUACAAACAUGAAUUUGAAUUCUAAUACAAUUAUAAAAUUUGACACUUCUCAUCAGCAAAAUAAUAAAUCGUUAUCUACAAACUUUCCUCUACAUUCUGAAAAAACUAAAAACGAUGCUAAUAUACUACAUAAUAUUGAAAACGAUUUUUCAUCUAAUUUAUUUAAAAAUUAUGAUCCAAUAACAGGUGAAUUCUUAGGAAAAAAGGAAAGAACUAAUACACCAUCUGGCUUUAUACAAAACGGUUCGAGUGUUAAUAAUAGUUCCAUCUCUACAUGUGCACAUCAACAAGACAAACCAGUACCAAUUGCAACAUUAUUAUCCACUCCAAUACACCCUGAUCCACUUUCAACAAAAUUACCACCGACAUCCGACAAGAUCAUGCUCACAGCUAUACCACCAGCAUUGAAAAUUUUAACGACUAUGAAGUCUAGAUCAUAUUCAGUACCGACAAUUUUACAUUCCUCAAUGAAAAAAUUGUCUAAUAAUCACGUUAUAUAUACUCACUCAAUGAGUGGGAACUCCCACGGCCCUAUAAAAAAUAAUAAGGUUACAAAAUCUAUUUACAACAGUGGCAAUACAAAUAAUACAAAUAAUCACGAAAUCAUUAAUCCAGGAAGUUGGCGUCGUCACUAUCAACAACAUCAACACCACAUUAUUACCUGCCAGAGUAACCAACAUAGUAAUCCUAAUAAUAACGGUACUUUAGCUACAAAUGUGGUCAUCCCUUUAGUACCACAUUCCAAGGCACCAAAUUCUACAUCUUCCUCAAAUAUCAACUUAAAGAUAAGCUCAAAUUCAAAUUCUACUGCAAAAUCAUCUGCACAGAAAAUUGAUAAACAAGAAAUUAUUAACAGCAAUAUACUCCCUGUUAUGUCUGUUCAAGGUACUAGAACUUUUGAUAAUAAAGAUUCUGUUUCACCAAAUAAAAUACGAAGGGAUAAUGAUGAGUCUUUAAUAUCAAAAGACAGAAUAAAUUACUUUAUUCAACAACGGUCUUUGCAAUUGAAUAUGAUAUUACCUCCAAUCAAUUUACAAUGCUUGAAAGAAAUAGAUUUACAAGAGAUAGUGAAAAACCCACAAUUAAGACAUGACAUCGUAUUUGAUCCACUUUUACAAUUUCGACCCAAUUUAGAUGGUGAGAGGGGGAUUAAGAAAAGACAAGUAUGGGAUAAAUACUGGUAUGAUGUUGAGAAUGAAUUAAUUAUUUAUAUGAAUCAACCUAAUAUGUUCAAUUAUAACCAUACAAGAUUAGUGCCGUUAUUUGAUACCUUAAAGGAAAUUCUACUCACUAUUGUUCCACAAAGAGAGUCUCAACAGAUUGAAAAUAUCUUGGACACAGAGCUAAAUGUUCAAAAUCUAGUGAAAAGUGGUAAUGUUUGGUUAGCUAUGAAUGAUUUAGCGUCAUGGUUAGCCCAAUUAUUUAAGCACCAUUGUGCUCCAAUGAGAGAUACUUGGGUAGACAAAAUGAAAUGCAAGUUUGAUAAUGCCAAGGAAACACAAUCAAUGACAGAAUUGAUGGAUGGCUUUAAGUCUAUAUUUCAAAUUUUAGAAGCAAUGAAAUUAGAUAUAGCCAACCAUCAAAUCCGACUAUUAAGGCCUGCUAUACUGAGUAAUGCGGUAGAAUUUGAAAAGCAAUACUUCAAUUCAUUGAUGGAAGGAAUUUCUUUAAGGGAGGUUAAUACCAAUGAAAAUAAUAUUAAUGAUGAUAGAAAAUUUCUGUUAAGGUCAUCAUUAAUGUGGUUCAAGGAUAAAUUCAGUGAGUAUUUACCAACGUUAGAAAAUAAUAAUAUGAACGCAAAAGUUAUGAUUCCUCAAGUUUACAAAAUUUAUAUUAAAUCAAUUAUCAGUCUAUUAUCAUGCAACAAAAUGGUAAGAGAGUAUCCAACCUCAUUAUCAUUCGAUCAUGCAAGGUUAAUAUUGCUAAGAGCUGAUAUUAGACAACUAGUUUGCCUUCUUGUAUGUAGAUUACAUUUCCAACAAUUAGUAGCCAGUGAUAAAAAUAUCGAUCCACCAGUAAAAAAGUAUAUCUUAACUAAUUAUGACAACAACAAAUUACAAAAUGAAAUCAUCAGUAUAAUUACUGAUGAACAUGGAAAUUGUAGAUGGACAAAAAAUACAUUAUCAAUAGCAAUCCAUUUGUGUAAAGUGAUUAAAGAUUUAACAUUAGAAUACAAUGCUCACAAUAAGGAUAAAUCUGAAAAUUUGGCGACAAGAAAUGACAUUGAUGAAAGUGGAAACACCAGUAUAAAUGAAUCCUCGAUGUUACUAUCUAAGAAAGUGCCUAUAUUGGAUAACCAAAAAAUAUCAUUUUCUAAAUCGUGGCUAUCCAAACAGACGCAACCUUUGAGUGAAAUAUAUAGUGUUCUAGAGAAAAGGGUUUUUUCUUUGUUAGAGGAGACAAUUUUCGACAACGCUGAAUGUACUAUGGAUGGAAGAGUUAAUCAAGAAUUUGUAUACUCGUACAAUCCAAUUAUUUCAACUAUUUCGUCUAACAACAAUAAAGAAUUUUCUACUAUGGAAAGGGUUAUAAAUCAAGGAGAGACUAGCAAUAACAAAUUAACAUCGUUUAGAACUUUGAAGAAGAAUUUCAAAACUAAAACUAGUAAUAACAUUAUGGCAAUUGCUGAUAUGGAACAAUUUGAAAACAUCUACCGCCAUUUAAAUACAAUUAUCAAUUUCCAUUGGUCUGUUUUUAAUUCACAUUACAUUGACAUGGUAUCAGAGAGUGUUCAAACUAUAUGA